AAUACAUUACUCACAAUGAAUUUCAUUCCUGUGAAGUGCAUAGUUCACAGUCGAAGUUUAACACUGAUAAGAGUGACAUCGAGAAUUUCUCAAAUCACGAGUAUUCCCCAGAAACUGCGGCAACGGUAUCGAAUCAAGAUGGCGGACAGUGAAAUAGCACAAUUCUUCGCAGAUCGUAAAAUCCUUAUUACGGGCGGUUUAGGUUGCCUGGGGAAACUUUUGAUCGAAAAAUUAUUACGAUGUUGUCCAAAUAUUGCGACGCUGUACAUACUCGUGAGAAACAAAGAUGGAAAGAAUCCUCGCGAACGCGUUCAACAGCUUGCCGAAAUGCCCUUAUAUGAAAAACUGAGGGAAAAGCAACCCGAUUUCCUACAGAAAUUAACAGUGAUCGAGAGCGAUUUAGAUAAAACAAAUUUAGGCUUGUCCCAGCAAGAUCGAGACAAAUUGCUCGAUACGAAUAUUAUUUUUCACGGUGCGGCGGUUGUACGAUCUAAUCAAAGACUUCGCACUAUGGUGAACGUCAAUGUGCAGGCUACGAAGCAAAUGUUGCUGCUCGCGAAAGAGAUGCCGGAUCUUAAGGCUUUCGUUCACCUGUCAAUCGUCUUCGCUCAUUCGCCAAUCAGAUCCAUCGAGGAGAAAUAUUAUCCCCCGCCGAUGGAGACUGAUGAAAUAUUGUCGCUGGUGAAUAUCUUAAAUGAUAAAAAAUUGGAUGCUAUCACUCCGGCAUUGAUCAGUGGCUGGCCCAAUACGUUUGCGUUUACGAAAGCAAUCGCGGAAGACACGGUGCUGCGAUACGGAUGCAAAGGGAUGCCGGUGUGCAUUGUGCGACCAUCUAUCGUGACUUCCACCUGGAACGAGCCGAUCAUGGGUUGGACCGACAGCGUGUAUGGGCCCAUUGGCCUCCUGGUCGGCUCGAGCCUUGGCUUAUUGCGCACGAUACAUUGCCACAGCAAAAAACUCGACUUCGUGCCGGCCGAUUACGUGACGUCGUGCUUGAUCGCCGCCGCCUGGCACACCAACGUAAGAAACGUCAAAAAAGUUUUCAAAGUGAACGUGGAGACGGGCAUUGUGCCAGAUGUGGAACGGAUACCGGUGUAUAAUUACGUGUCGUCAUGCCAGAAACCAAUAACCUGGGACACAUUCCGAAAGCACGUACGUGCUCAUGGAUCAAAGAUACCGGGUGUGAGGGAUAUACGGCUGCAGUGCAUGUUUUGGAACAGUAGACUGUGGAUGCACAAGAUCCUCAUGUGCCUGUUCCACUUGUUGCCCGCGGUCAUAGUGGACGGGGUGGCCGUUCUGACUGGUCGAGAUCCAAGAUGGUACAAGACCUACAAUCUGAUACACGCUCAUCUCUCGGCAACGUCCUAUUUCAUGACGCAGCAAUGGUACUUCAGGAAUGACGCGGUAGUCAAACUUUGGGAGCAACUGAGCGCGGUGGAUCGCGAGAUGUUCGAGUUCGACAUGAGCAACUUCAACUGGAGCGAAUACAUAAAACGAAUGGUUCACGGUAUUCGCGACUUUAUCGAUAAAACCCCGUGGGAUGCUGUGGAAAAAGGGUUGGCCGAAUAUAUUGAACUCUGAACUUUAUAUGCAGAUCAAAAGUCAAUCUACAUAACCAAUCUAUAUAACCGAAAAGCUACCUAAUAUUUAAAUAGUUAAUCCUUUCAUUCUCAAAUUAUUUGAAACUAUAAAAGAAUACUUUAUAUUCUUUAUAAUAUCCUAUUCGCUUAGAAGCCUUUAAAUGCAUAUAAUAAAAUAUGUAUAGAAUCAUUUGUACAAAAUUCUAAAAUAACUAAAAUAAUAUAUGUAAAGGUAUAUGAAAAUAAGGUGUAAAUGACAGUAAUAUUUCAUUACACAAUUUUAAAUGCAAUCGUAUGGCUAUGAUGAGAAUAAAAAGAUAUAUAUUUCAAA